UGGCCUAAAAUAUACUAAUUCGAGGACCAAAACAUUGCUUCACUUAUAUCCUUCUUUCUUUCUUCCACCCUUCUGCAGUGACCCUAACCAACCACCACACCACCAACAAUCCGCCACGUCCUCCCACCACCACCAUCUCUGCCGCGCGCGCCGCCCACGCCAGUCAGUCACUAGUACCACCAAUCCAACCUCCAUUUCUCCUCUAGUUCUUCUCUCUCUGAUGAUUUUUCAUUGAGGAAAAAGGAAAAACAAGAUUUAAGAAGAAAAGAAAAGACACGAUGGAACAGAAAGAAUUGAACCUUCUGAAUGAAUCAUUAGGGUUUAACAACAACAACAACAACCUCUAUGGUCAAUUCGUGCUUGUUGAAGACACUGUUGAUACAAGCGCUGCUUUCGUUCUUCACCAUAUCUUCAAACGCUCUUUCUCUUCUCACCCUUCUUCAUCUGUUAUCUUCCUCGCACUCUCUCAUCCUUUCUCCCACUACGAUCGCGUUCUCAGAAAAAUUGGCUGUAACUUGGCUGCUCAAAGAGAUAAUAAUAAAUUCUUUUUCAUUGACAUGCUUAUGUUGCAGUUUCAAGGUGAGAAAAUCAGAUGAAGGGAAACCCAAUCACAACGGUUUUGCUGCUGUAUUUGAGAAAAUAGAAAGCGUGAUCAAGGCACUACCUCAAGACAACAUGAAAUUUGCCACUAUAAUGAUAGAUGAUAUCUCUUUUCUUCAAGUUGCUGCUAAUGGCUCUUCAAAUGAUGUUUUAGACUUCCUGCACUAUUGCUAUACACUAACGUCAGAAUAUGGUUGUGCAUUCAUUGCACUUGACCAUAAGGAUAUUUAUUUGAAUGAAGAGAAGCCAGCUAUUAUCUUAGAGAUGGAGUACCUUGCUGACAUUUUGGUCAAGGCUGAACCAUUGGCCACUGGUUUGGCAAAAGACGUGCAUGGACAGUUGAUGGUGUUGCAUAAACAAACACAACAUGGAAUUGCACCUGUGAAGAUUCACAAUUUUCAUUACAAGAUCAAGGAAAAUAGCAUCGAGUGUUUUUAUCCUGGCACAAAAAUCUAAUGCUAUCAAAAUGCUUGUACCUGUGUAAUCUUGAAAAGUGAGAAUGAUAGCACAUCUUUUUUGUUGCCGUUCAUUGCAUUUGGAAAAUUUUUAUCCUCAAUUUUCAAUUAGUAACAUUAAUUUUAGCACAAUCUUUUCAGAUUCAUUCAAUAACAUUUUACAGGUUUGGUCUCC